AUGUCACUCGAGAGAAAAGAGCCAAACUAUUUUGGAGCGGGACCUGCCCUGCUCCCAACCAGUGUACUGCAACAGGCUGCCCAAGAUUUGAUCAACUUUCAAGGAAUUGGUCUUGGCGCCGGAGAGAUCAGCCAUCGCUCAGCUGCUGGUGCUAAUAUUAUAGAGAGCACUCGCCAGCAUCUGGUCGAGUUGCUCGACAUUCCAGACACCCACGAGGUUUUCUUCAUGCAAGGAGGCGGAACUACCGGUUUUUCGUCCAUCGCAACUAAUCUCACAGCCUCAUUCGCCAAGAAGACCGGACGGAAGGGCACACCAGCUUACGUCGUCACUGGAAGCUGGUCGAAAAAAGCUGCCGAGGAGGCCACCAGACUGGGCUUUAACCCGGACAUUGUGCUGGACUCGAAGAAGGUCGACGGCAAGUUUGGCACUAUUCCGGGCACCGACAAGUGGAGCAUUCCUCAAGAUCUGUCCAACACUUCGUACCUUUACUUCUGUGACAACGAGACCGUCAACGGUGUCGAGUUCCCAGAAUUCCCAUUUGAGAAGUUCCCAGGCGUUGAGAUCGUCGCUGAUAUGUCCUCGAACUUUUUGUCCAAAAAGGUGGACGUUUCCAAGUACGGCUGUAUUUUCGCAGGUGCGCAGAAAAACGUUGGUCUGGCCGGUAUCACGGUCUAUAUCAUCAAAAAGAGCCUUCUUGACCACCCAACUGAGGACGAUCUGACCAAGCUGAACAUCCCGUUGAGCCCUAUCGCAUUUGAUUUCCCAACUGUCGUUAAGAACAAGUCGGCAUACAACACCAUUCCAACGUUCACCGUGCAUAUCGUGGACCUUGUACUGCAAAACCUGAUCCAGAAAGGUGGUCUUGAUGUCCAGCAGAAGGCCAACGAGCAGAAGGCCAAGCUUCUGUACGAGGCUCUGGACGAGUUCCCUAGCGUGUAUAAGCUCCCUGUGGAAAAGUCGGUGAGAUCAAAAAUGAACGUGGUGUUCACGCUGGCUGAUGGCUCGGACGCCGAGUUCCUCAAAGCUGCAGAGGAAAGAGAACUCACGGGUCUGAAGGGCCACCGUUCCGUUGGGGGCAUGCGCGCUUCUUUAUACAACGCCGUGUCACUGGAGAGUGUCAAGCUGCUGUGCGACUUUGUGAGAGAGUAUGGUGCAGAGCACGCCUAA